GUCGUUGUCCUGGUUCUCGUCUCCGGCGGAGCAUCGCAUCUUGGUUCAUCUCGCGAGCAGCUGUGCGCUGUGCAAAGGUUUCGUGGCGCGACCAGCAACGCCGGCCAGUCCUAUCGGAACCGUCGAGCGAGCCUGGCACGGUAAGCAAGCGUACGUGUGCAAGCCGCCGCAGCACCAUCAGCUGGAGCAGAUUGCCGUACUACCGUUCGUGUGCGUGGUUGGAUGGGGCCCUGCGUGUAUGUGUGUCUGUUGAAGUAUCUAGUGGACCUGCGACAUUGCUUCCUUGAUUGGAGUGGUCAGGAUCGGGUGCAGUUUGAGCAAGGGUUACAUUUUAAACCAUUUCUGUGAAGCCGAAUUCCAAUAAAUUUUCCACAGGACUAUAAGAAAGCAGGUACACAGCAGUGCUAGUGUUGUGUUGAAAGUGGAUCAAAUAUUUUACAGAAACGGUUUGACGGGUUCAAUAUCCGGGUGAAAAUAGUCAAAUCCCGAACGUGCGUCGUCUUCGCAGUGAACUCACGUAAGAAAGUUGCCAAAUAAAAAUAGAGAAAAAAACGAGCCGACGAAAGUCUAUUGCCUGCAAGAAGCAGCAGCAGCAGCAGCACGACAUUUCGGAACGCUCAAAAAGCAGAUCAUCUCGCUUUUGGCUGAGGCGUCUCGCGCUCCGAACACCGAAGGACGUGCAACGCGAUGCAGCGAUUCUAAAGUUGUGAUAGAAUUUUAGUGCCAAAAUAUUACACACUGCACGUCAUACAUCAUCAUACUUCCUUCCACCGAAGGAGAGAAAGUGACUCCACAAAAGAGGAGACCCCGUUAAAACGGAUGGACUUUACGACCAGACUGAGAUGUAAGAUACUCCUUUCGCUGCGAGUGUGUAUAUUUUUGUGUGCCUGAAGACUGAAGUAGCUCGGUACCAGUAGCGCGACAUAAAAAUAAAAAUAAAACACAAGAACCACAAGACACGCGCCACAUCCCACGUCAGAAUUGACACACGACCAGUCGAAACACGCUUACGAGGAGACGGCUCAUAACUCCGCCAGCUUACUGAUUGAAUUUCCCGACCCCCUGCUAGAUUGAACUUGCUGCAGGCGAGCACUACGCACCAUUAUGCAAAUGGGAAGAUCGUUUGGCAGCAUUGCAUUAGGGUGCGCGAAUCAACAAAUGGUACCCAUCGGCGGAUGUCGUAACGACUGAAGGUCCUGAGUUAUCCGGCGCCAUCUCCCGUCAGUGCAGGGAAGGACACCAGUGACGACUGACCGCAUGCGGGCCAAUGUACUAGUCGCGCGAGCAAUUUCGAGCGGAUCAUGGAGUUGACGAAGGGUAUCACCGCGGGCAUCAUCUUCAUCAACAACAACAACAACAGCGAGCUGUCUGCAGUCUGUGGGACGCCUGAGUCUGUGAUAGAGCAGCUGUGCACUUACCGUACCCGUACUACUCCAAAGUUCUUCUGAGCCCUGAUCGUGUGUUUCUGAGAUACAGCUGUCAAACGCGUCUAAACGCCGGACGCAACUGUUGAGUGUAGUCACAUACUGUAGUAGGUCGGGCCAACUACAUCACCUGGCAGAAGACCACUGGUUCAUCCGAAUUCACGCCCGUAGUGCACCGAACCUGUCCGUUAAUCUAUCCAGCAGGCGGGGUGUGAAGAUGUAUCCGAACUAUCCGACGGCACCGACGGCACCACUGGCUAAUUUGAGUGGAACACAGUGUCUGUACCGCAGCUACCCGAACCUAACCCAGCAGUCAUCGCUGUCCUCCACGUCCCAUCCGUUCGCCAGCCGACCAAGCUCCGGCAUUGCCCCGUUUCCCCAGCAAUCGAUGACACUUCCAUGACACUACAGCUACCGACAGCAGCAUCAGCAGCAGCAAAAACCACAACACCACACCUACACACAACAGUCCCUACCGAAGCUGCCCACCAACAACACCAACACCACCAGUUCGUUUCAGUCGGCGAAGAAGAACGAUUGCUACUACUGCAACAACAACAUCAACCUCACCUGCACCUGUCUGUCGUCGAGUGCGCUCGGCUACUUCUACUCCACCUCGCAGACACUGCACUCCUCCGCACCCUCCACGCUCAACCGGCGCCGGUCCUCGAUCCGCAACGCACCGAGCGUUUCGUUUGCGACCACCGGCAGCACCGCGCCCGUUCCGCCACCGUACCCGUUCGGCUACUCCUCACUGCCCCGUUGCCGUAGCAACACAUCCAACCAUCAUCUGCCACACGUCUCCCGCACACCGUCCACCGUUGCCGUCGGUGUGCAGAUACCGUCGCCUCCGACCCAACCGACCAACCAGCAGACGGCCGGCAACAGUUCCGCGACAGCGACACGACCCUCCCAGCAGCACGCCGAGUCGCAGGUGGAUGAAGCAAUGCUCGGGCUCGUCGGUGACGGUAAGCCACGGCUCGGCUCGGACGAUCCGCUACACGAUGACGACGACCUGGACGACGAUCCGAACGCCGACUCGCCGGCCCUAUCGGCGUCACCACCACCGGCACCGCCCCCACUGCCACCGCCGGUUCGGAACGGAUGUCAACGGUGUCGGUUCUCGAUGGCUUCCGCCAACUCGACGCUAAACCGAUCGCAUCCCCAUCUGGCCAGUGGGACGGGGACGCUUGGCAGCGGGUCGGUCGGCAGUGGGACACUGCCCCGUGCGCACCGUGGCGGGGGAGGAACGCUCGAGCGGAACCACAUGGCAGCCAGCUCGGGACACCUGCAUACGGCGGGCGUUACGGCAACGGUAGCGUCCGGUGCGGGCAACGGAACGUAUCCCGGAUACGAUCGCAAUCGACUGCUGGAUGAGGAAGACUCGGCAUAUCCGGCACUGCUCGAGCGUGAGCUUCACUCCCUGCACCGGAACGUUCCUGCGCUGCGCCGGGCCGGCGUCGAUACGACCGCAAUUCGACAGCACUUCUAUCCGGAUGGUGGCUGGGGCUGGAUCGUUUGCGGCGUCGCAUUCCUGGCCCACGUGCUGACCACCGGCUUCCAGCUGUCGUACGGCUUGCUACUGCUGUACGCGAUACGCCAUCUGGGUCACGAGGUGAAUACCGAAGCAGGUUGGCUCGGUCCGGCCAGCUGGGCUAUGUCGCUGUUCUCCGCCACGAUCGUGGUGGCGCUGUGCCGUCGCAAAUCCACUCGCCUGACGGCCGUCCUUGGGGGGCUGGUGCUGGCGCUGGGCAUUCUGUUCACCUCGUUCGCCACCCAGCUGCACCAGGUAGCGUUCAGCUACGGCGUCAUCGUAGGCAUCGGAUCGGCCAUGGUACGGGAGUCGGCCGCCGUUAUGCUGGGCCAUUAUUUCAAACGGCGGAGACAAUUUGUCGAAAUGAUCACCAUGUCCGGUGAGGGUGUCGGCGUGGCACUGUUCUCCGUCAUCCUGAAGGAAGGCGUCGGGAAAAUGGGCUGGCGCCUGGGGCUGCAAGCGGUCACCGGUCUGGUGUCGUUCAGCUUCUUCAUGGGACUGCUCUACCGGCCGGCCUCACUCUAUCAUCCGCAACGGCGUGCGAUACUACACUUGAAAAACCAAAGGAAAAAGGUGAAGGAAAAGAAAACGCACGUUCGCACACCGAAGCCACCGUUCCUUGACUUCACGCCCCUCAAAUCGUCCUCGGUGCGGAUGCUGUCCAUCUCGGCAUCGGUAGCCGCGCUCGGCAUCUAUUCGCCGAUAUUUUUCCUGUCCCUGCACGGGUUCAGCGAAGGGUACGACAUGCAGGACCUGGUGCUGCUGCAAACCUUUCUCGGACUGUCGAUAGCGUUAGGUAUAGUGUUUAGUGGUUCGUCGAUCAACAAGACGCUCGAGAUCUCCUUCCGGAAGGUGCAGAUAUCACGUCAAUAUGUUUGUCAGGGCUGUGUUACGUUAGUGUCAGUAUCGUUGUUAGUAUUAUCGGCCGUGGCCGACUACCGGGGCCUCUGCUUCUCGGCAUGGGCGUACGGGCUCGGUCUCGGCGGCUACCGUUACACCUUGAAGAUGCUUGCAAUCGAGCGCAUCCGCGGCAAGUACUUCUCCAAGGCGUGGGGUUUCAUCAAGGGAGCCGAAUCACUGCCGGUGCUGUUCGGGGUGCCACUGUGCGCCUUCCUGAACGACUCGUCCCACCGGUACGGCCGGGCGGGCUACUACAUUUGUGCGGCCAGUGCCGCCAUCUCGGCCAUCAUACUGUUCUUCGUCGGGUAUCCGGACGGGCGAAACAUGAAGUACUCCACCAAUGGUUCCAUCACAUCGCGCUGCACGGCACCGACCUCGUCGAGCGACUGUCAGCACAUCCUGGACCGGAGCUUCUCCUCCCAGCGCUACAACAACAACCCCCAGCAGUGGUACAGUGGCAACACGCACGCGACCAACCUCUCGAACGGCUGCCACGGCUCCGGCAGCUAUCCCGGUGGCCCCAGCCUGCAGCGCUGCCUGUCCACCAGCCAGUUCAUGAACGGUGGGCUUAAUCUCUCGUCGGGUGGAAUUGGACCGAACUCUACGGCGACGACGGCCGCUACCGCCCCUGGCACAGGUGGCCGUCUGCUCGGCAACAGUCAAUCGCUCGAUAAUCCGACCAACAACGGGCAGCUUGGAGGAGGGGCCGGCAGUGCUGGAGGUACUGGCUUCAGCUACCACAGUCCGUUCUGCGGGCAGGGCGCGGGUCAACCGCACGGUCGGCUGCACAAGAGCCUAUCGUUCGCGUUCCAGACACCGAUGUUCAGCGAUGAUCCGAUACAUCACACCUGCCAGCAGGCGUCCGGGUAUGCGGCCGAUUACCCACCGCCUAGCCGGUGCUACUCCAGGUGUGAACUGCACAAUCCAUCCCUAGCGACGCCGGUCACCGUCCAUCGGGACACGCUUAACCGUCAGCACAGUUUUCGCGCCUCGAGCCGUGGUCAGACACCGCGCCACACGUCGGCUCACGCGAGCUCGCGCACACAGCAACCGUUAACGCCGCACCACGCCAAUCAUCACCAUCCGCCACAGUACCAUCCCCAGCAGCAGCCCCAUCAACACCAACAGCAGCCGCAGCACCAUCAUCAACACCACCAUCAGCAACAGCUGCCACCGUAUCCGGCCAACGGGCUGCAGUACCAUCCGUCCCGCAGCCGCAGCGUGCCGGAGGGACUGGGUGUGCAGCCCGGUGCGGGAGGGCCCGACUGUCACUGGAAUCACUGCCACUGGACCACCGCGAACGGAGUCAACUUCUGCCGCCCGAAUCGGCCGAUUCAGGUGGUCGAGCAGAUAACGACCUCCGUUUGACUAAAGUUUAAAAUAGUCAAGUUCUUCCUGUGCAUCUCGCUGCACCUGCUGGAGGGACUGUUUUCGUGAAUAGUUGAAAAGGGAGAGAGGGUGGGCUUUUUUUGCAGUCUAAGUGUAUGUGUGGAACGGAAUUGGGAAUUGAUUAGCAACAAUUGCAAACAAAUUUGCCAUAAAAUAGUGUAACUAAUCUAAUAUCUUAAAUCAUGACAGAGAAAGAGAGAGAUAUUGAGAGCUAGAGAAAAUGAGAGAGCAAAGCAAAAGCAAACGAUUUUCUUCCAAAAUGUUUUAAUGUACUAAAAGCGACUGUACUAAAAACGGAACUUCAAUCGAUUAGAAUUACAGAUAGGAAUCGAACGUCGUCGACGCGUGAUUUGUCGACAGUGUUUCCGUUUCAUUCCCACACACCAAAUCUCGAGCGCAAAAAAAAACAAACAAAA